CCGCCCCGCUCUGCUCCCAGCUGACGGGGGCAGCCCCUUGUUUACUGGCCAGGGAGGCAGCCGCCAGCCCGGCCUGCUCUGGAAGGGGCCGCCGGAGCCGGGGCCGACACCGAGGGGCAGGGAGGGGCCGGACGCCCCGUUUCCUGGGCCGGUUGCCGGGCGCUAUAAAGGGGGCCGCGGCGCCUCUCCAGGUCUCUUACCGACGAUGCGAAACCGGGCCCGGCCCCUGCGCCCGCCCCGCGGCCUCUGAUUCGCCCCCGUCGGGACGCGCCGAGCCGCGGCGGCUCCAGCGACGCGGGCAUGGGACCGAGAGCGGCGGCGGCGCUGGCCGUGGCCGUGGUGCUGGCGGCCUGGUGCGCCCGGAGCCGCGGGGAGGGAAAAUAUGCUCUACAAUUCAUGGACGGAGAAACAGGAGCGAUGCCCAAGUCGUCAAAGCAAAGCCUGGAACAUAUCUUUCAUGUACUACAAGUACUUUUCAAAGUAUUUUACAGACAAUUUGGAUGAUAAGGUCCCUAAUUCAAAAGGUUUUCAGCUGCUUUGAUGUUUGACUCCAUUUUCUAAGAAUGAUUAGAUCGCACAGCACUUCGGUGUGGAUGGAAAAUAACAGGCUAACGCGAAGGCCUGCAUCAGCGUGGCUCGAAGGUUAGUUGGUGAGUUCAGAAGUUACUGAGAGGAGUAGAAGCAAGGGUUAAGGAGAGGAGACCUGACCUGCGCAUAAAAUGAAGAUACAUAUGUCUUGUUUUGUGAAGAAAAACAGUUUGCAGAAGCAUGGACAUUCGCAACAAUCUGACCCGGCUGAACAUGCUUGAGAACUGCACUGUGAUCGAGGGCCACUUGCAAAUAUUGCUGAUGUUUAAAACCAAGCCUGAAGAUUUCCGCGAGCUCAGCUUUCCUAAACUGACUAUGAUUACAGACUACUUGCUUCUCUUUCGCGUGUAUGGCCUGGAGAGUUUAAAGGGACUUUUCCCAAACCUCACUGUGAUUCGAGGAACUCAUCUGUUUUUUAACUAUGCGCUAGUCAUUUUUGAGAUGGUUCACCUAAAAGAGAUAGGUCUCUAUAACCUGAUGAACAUUACUCGAGGCGCUGUGCGAAUUGAGAAGAACAAUGAAUUAUGUUACUUGUCCACGAUCGAUUGGUCACGGAUUUUGGAUUCUGUAGAAGAUAAUUACAUUGUAGCCAACAAGGAUGAUAAAGAAGAGUGUGGAGAUGUGUGUCCAGGAACUGUGAAAGGAAAGAGCAACUGUCCACCUACUGUGAUAAAUGGCAUUUUCAUUGAACGCUGCUGGACCCACGAUCGCUGUCAGAGAGUUUGUCCACCUGCCUGCAAGUCCCAAGGCUGCACCUCUGAUGGUCAGUGCUGUCACAGCGAAUGUCUCGGGGACUGCACGGCGCCAAACAACCCUGAAAAAUGUGUGGCUUGCCGCAACUUCUACCUUGAAGGCAAAUGCGUGGACACCUGCCCACCCGGUUACUAUCGCUUUGAGGGGUGGCGUUGUGUGACCUUCAGCUUCUGCCAGGAGCUGCACAACAAAUGCAAAAAUGCCAGGGAGUCGGGGUGUCACGUUAUCCACAAUAAUGAAUGUGUUCAUGAAUGCCCAUCAGGGUACAUCAUGAAUUCCAGCAACUUGCACUGUACACCCUGCGCAGGGCCCUGUCCAAAGGUUUGCGACUAUGGGAAAGAGAAGACGAUCGAUUCGGUGACAUCGGCACAGGAGCUGCGUGGCUGCACAGUUGUUAAUGGAAGCUUAGUUAUAAAUAUCCGUGGAGGAAAUAACAUAGCAGCUGAGCUAGAAGCGAAUCUUGGCUUGAUAGAAGAAAUCUCAGGUUACCUAAAAAUUCGCCGGUCUUAUGCCUUGGUUUCUCUUUCUUUUUUUCGUAAACUACAUCUGAUUAGAGGAGAAACACUAGAAGCUGGGAAUUAUUCAUUUUAUGCCUUGGACAACCAGAAUCUUCGCCAACUCUGGGACUGGAGUAAACACAACCUCACUAUUGCACGAGGCAAACUCUUCUUCCAUUAUAAUCCCAAACUGUGUUUGUCAGAAAUCCACAAGAUGGAGGAGAUAUCUGGGACUAAGGGGCGUCAGGAAAGGAAUGACAUAGCCCUGAAGACGAACGGUGAUCAAGCCUCAUGUGAAAAUGAAUUGCUGAAGUUUUCUUCCAUUAGAACUUCCCAUGACAAAAUCCUGUUGAAGUGGGAGCCGUACUGGCCUCCUGAUUUCCGUGAUCUCCUGGGAUUUAUGCUUUUUUACAAAGAAGCUCCAUACCAAAAUGUGACGGAGUUUGAUGGCCAAGACGCUUGUGGGUCAAAUAGCUGGACAGUUGUGGAUGUUGACCCACCGCCACGGUCAAAUGAGCCCAAAGCCCAAGCCCAGCCAGGUUGGCUUCUGAGGGGCUUGAAGCCGUGGACGCAGUAUGCUGUGUUUGUUAAAACUCUGGUCACCUUCUCAGAUGAACGAAGAACGUACGGUGCAAAGAGUGAAAUUAUCUAUGUCCAGACCAACGCUACUGUGCCGUCAGUCCCAUUAGAUCCAAUAUCUGUUUCCAACUCUUCAUCCCAAAUCAUUCUGAAGUGGAAGCCACCCUCAGAGCCCAACGGAAACAUCACACACUACCUGGUGUUCUGGCAGCAGCAGGCAGAAGAUAGUGAGCUUUAUGAACUUGAUUACUGCUUAAAAGGAUUAAAACUGCCCUCAAGGACGUGGUCUCCUCCUUUUGAAUCUGAAGACCCUCAGAAGUAUAAUCAAAGUGAAAAUGAGGAUGUCAGUGGAGAAUGUUGUUCCUGUCCUAAAACAGACUCUCAAAUACAAAAGGAGCUGGAAGAGUCUGCUUUCCGCAAGACAUUUGAGAACUAUCUUCACAAUGAGGUUUUUGUCCCCAGGCCAUCAAGAAAACGAAGAGACCUUGGCUCUGUGGCAAACGCCACUGUGGUGAUACCCACCAUCGCAUCCUCUCCAAACAAUUCUGCGGCAGCGUCUGAGAGUGCAGAGGAGCAGAAACCUUUUGAAAAAGUGAAGUCUAAGGAGUCCUUGGUUAUCUCAGGCCUGCGGCAUUUCACCGGCUAUCGCAUCGAGCUCCACGCUUGUAACCACGAUGCUCAGGAAUCCCGGUGUGGUGUUGCAGCUUAUGUCAGUGCCAGGACCAUGCCAGAAGCUAAGGCUGAUGACAUCGUCGGUCCAGUUACCCAUGAAAUGGUUGAAAAAAAUACCGUGCAUUUGAAGUGGCAGGAACCAAAGGAGCCAAAUGGUCUUAUUGUGCUGUAUGAAGUGAAUUAUGGACGUCUCGGGGAGACAGAGGAAGCACACUACUGCGUUUCCCGUAAGCAUUUUGCCAGCGAGCAGGGCUGUAAACUCCGUGGACUGCAGCCUGGAAACUACAGCGUCCGUAUACGAGCUACAUCACUGGCUGGAAAUGGCUCGUGGACAGAACCUACCUAUUUUUAUGUGGCUGAUUAUUUGAAUGCUCAGCCUAAUAUUGCUGUUAUAAUUGUUCCGAUUAUUUUUGCCAUAAUAAUUGCUGGAAUUAUUGGAGCUGCUUACGUGCUUGUGAAAAAGAGACAAACCGAAGGACCAACUGGACCACUGUAUGCAUCCUCUAACCCCGAAUAUCUCAGCGCCAGUGAUGUCUACGUCCCCGAUGAAUGGGAGGUUCCACGAGACAAGAUCACUCUCCUCCGGGAGCUGGGACAGGGCUCCUUCGGCAUGGUGUACGAAGGGAUCGCCAAGGACAUAGUGAAGGGAGAGCCGGAGACUCGCGUAGCUGUGAAAACUGUUAACGAAUCAGCCAGCCUCCGCGAGCGCAUCGAGUUCUUAAAUGAAGCUUCUGUGAUGAAAGGGUUCAGCUGCCAUCAUGUGGUUCGCCUCCUCGGGGUGGUCUCAAAAGGGCAACCUACUCUGGUGGUCAUGGAGUUAAUGGCACAUGGAGAUUUGAAAAGUUACCUCCGCUCCUUGCGACCCGAUGCCGAGAAUAACCCUGGUCGUCCGCCUCCAACACUGAGAGAAAUGAUCCAGAUGGCUGCGGAGAUCGCCGAUGGCAUGGCCUAUCUGAAUGCCAAAAAAUUUGUUCACAGAGAUCUUGCAGCUCGUAACUGUAUGGUUGCAGAAGACUUCACUGUAAAAAUUGGAGACUUUGGCAUGACCAGAGAUAUCUAUGAGACGGAUUAUUACCGUAAGGGAGGCAAAGGACUGCUGCCUGUGCGGUGGAUGGCACCCGAGUCAUUAAAGGAUGGUGUUUUCACUGCUUAUUCCGAUGUGUGGUCAUUUGGUGUUGUCCUCUGGGAAAUAAGCAGUUUAGCUGAGCAGCCAUACCAGGGACUCUCCAAUGAACAGGUGCUAAAGUUUGUCAUGGAUGGAGGAUACCUGGAUCAGCCGGACAACUGCCUGGAGAGGCUGCACAGCCUGAUGCAGAUGUGUUGGCAGUACAACCCUAAGAUGCGCCCCACCUUCAUCGAGAUCAUCGAGAUGCUGAAGGAGGACUUGCACCCCAGCUUCCACGAGGUCUCGUUCUUCUACAGCGAGGAGAACAAACCUCUGGAAACAGAGGAGUACGAGAUGGACUUUGAGAACAUGGAGAGCAUUCCCCUCGAUCCCUCCUCGUACUCGCAGAGGGACAAAGUCCUGGGGCGGGACAAUGGACCCUCCAUGGCUCUCAAGGGGAACUACGAAGAGCACAUACCUUACACUCACAUGAACGGUGGCAAGAAAAACGGGCGAAUUCUCUCCAUGCCCAGGUCAAGUCCUUCCUAACGCUUCCUGUUUGGCCCAAGGGUUGUGUCUGCUUUUUUUUCCCUCCACAAAUCUCAGGACUCUUGUUAUUGCUGCCACAGUGUAUGACACACAUCUACAAACUUCAGAUUUUUAAUCAUAUUAUGAUUAAUACUUUUUUUUUUCCCAAGUUGACUGGUUGUCAGUGGAUUUAUCUGUGAACAUAAAUGGAAGAGGUUUCCAUGGCUGCUGUCCCUUCUGUAACCAUGGUUUCAAAACAGGAAACGACCGUGUAAGUUAAACUGAAGGAGGAGCAUCCACGUUUGCCAACAAAAGACGUGAAAUUUGCUGGUAUCUGAGCUACAGCGUAACGGUGCGGAACAAAACUUCUGCAGGACAAAAGCUUUUCCAGUAGAAUUCCAGGCUUUCAGGCAUACUCUUCACUACAGCUGAAGGAUUCAACACAUCAGUCGGACACGCCAGAUCCUCAGAUUGACCAAUAGCUGCUGCUUUCAUACUUUUUAAAUGGGUUAAAUCCCAGGGGUGCGUGCGUGUGUGUGCGUGUGUGCAGUAUAUAUAUGUGGGGUGUAUAUGUAUAGGAAAAUAUACACUUCUUUUUUUUUGUACAUAAGUUUUGUAUGUUCUCACAGAAGCUUUCCUCUUCUUGGAAGUGUGUACUUACCUUUUUUUUUUUUCCCCCCAUUUCCCUGGAAUGACUGAAUCCCAAACAGAUUAUUUUUAUACUAAGGACUCUUGGGAGUAGGUUUUCUCUCAUUAACAAAUGAGGAAAAUGUGCUGGGAGCCAAAGGAGCAGAAAUCUGAGAUUUGUGGGUACUUUCAAGACCAAACGAAGUAGGAGUCCCCUGACCUGAGAUACGGAGUUUUCUGUCCUUACAGCAUUGAGUAUAUAUAUUGUUUGUUGUAACAUAUUUAAAAAUGUCUUUGGUUUAAAUUUUAACUUCAUAUAAAUUAUUGACUUUCGGGGAGGGGAAAAUUUGGGGAAUUGUUUGGUCUUAAAGUGGUCCAAAGAUUUCAGAACGAACUAAUUUUAGCUGAUUACCCUUUGAGGAGCUAUGAAGCACACGUUAAGUUUGUACUUGACAAGGCUUUAUAACGCAGUUUCAUGAUUUAUACAGUGCAGUCAGCUGGCUCCAGUCGAAGCCCUGAGAUAAAGUAGUUGGGACUUCACUCGCUUGUUGGGGGCUGAAGGACACCAGAACAUCCCAGUCCCGAGUCUCACUGCUCCUUCGCCCCUGCGUCCCUUGCUUUGCCUUCUGUGCCGCAGAAGCAACCGACAAGAGAGGACGAGCAAGAGCUCUAACCGACAAAAAGAGACACGUCAGUCUGAAGGGGGGGAGAGCAGAAGGCUCUUGGCUCUGCACGUGAAGCAGAAGCUAAAUGUGACUGUGGUUAGCUACCUGCUGCCUGUCUGCUGCUGCUCAGGCGUCUGGCCUCGUGCUGCCUGCAGGUCUUCGAUGUUUUCCUGAGAUACCCGCACUGCCGUCCUGCACGCUUCCCAGGAUGCGUGCGUUAGCUGGCUGCUUUCAGCUCUUCGGGAUGUCAACUUUCGUGCUCUGGACUGUGCUUUGGUUUUGCUGCUGUUUGCGUGAAAAGAUAGAACUGAUCAGCGUAAGAUGUUAGACGAUAAUUGUGAAACUAAACGUGUCUCAUAGCGGUGAGGGAGUGUGCUGGCGGGGAGAAGUGUUAAAGCAAGAAAUGAAGAUUAUCGCUGUUGCAGGCCCUUGUCAUAGAGGAGGUGGUUCUAAGGGGGGAGAGAGGUGCUCGCUCCUCCUCCUGGACAAGUCCAAGAGCCAGUUUGUGCUCUCCGCCAGGAGAAAACAAGGUUCUCCUGACUUGGUCAGAGUGGGGACGCCAAGCUGGUGUGUGUGGCUUUUUAUUCCAGCCUGGGCAGCGCUGCUGAUUUCUCCCUGUAACCGAUGAAAGGGGCUGGAGUUCAUAGGGAAAGCGCCUCUCUGAGCCCACUCUGCUCAGCCGCGCUGCAGCUAAACCGGUCGGUGCAACGUCAGGGGAGGACGACGGACUCUGUGCACCACCACGAGCUAUUGGGCCUUUGUGCCAGUUGAAUCUGGUCCGGUCGGACAGAGGUGGAGGGUAGAGGUUGCUCACAAAGUUAGGUGGAAAUUAGGCAGUCCAGACAUGGGUCAGAACCUUCGAUUUCAAAAGGCCUCGUUUACAUUUCUUCUGCUUUACGAAGUAGUAACUGUUUAGCAGCUCUAUACUACACUGCAGGAAAGAAGACAUAUUCUCACACUUUUCUAAGGAAGAGAAGUUUUUCUUAUUAGAAUUUUUUAAUUUAUUUUAAUAUAUAAAACACUGUAAAAAAAAAAAACAAUCAAUUAGUUUUCUUAAACACACAGAACAUGUAAAUUUGUAUCCGUAAAAUCUCGGCAGGUGGAUGUGGUGGGAUUAUUUUUGUCCUGUUCUGGUGCAGUCUACCUCAGUGUUUCUUAAGGAUAUUUUUAAUACUACGCACCUCUAAACCUGUUUAAAUAUUCUGGUCUGGACCUAUUGUGAAUCAGGGAAAAUCAAUAUCAACUGAUUCCAAUACUAGGGACCAUUCACCGAAGGGAAUGGGUAGGAGAACGGCUCAUCACUGUUUAUCGCUAAUCAGAGCAGUAGUGACCAAAGGAACUGAUUUACAAAUUUGGAUUUGAUACUCUGAUGUCAUCCUCUUAGUUCUGCUGUGAUUUUAAAAAAAAAAAAAAAAAAAAAAAGCUAUUUAAAUGUUUGGACUGCGGUGAACUAAAAACCUGAAAGGAGUAGACCGCUUUCUUCUGGAGCAGUGUUUGCCAGCAUAGAGCAGGGACUGUCACCAGCCCUUCUUGUCAGAUGCGGGUGGCUUGGUCACUGCCCUUCUCGCUGUGCACAGGUUGUCCAGAGUCCUGCCUGUAGGAUCUCCUGAAACAAACCUUUCCCAGCAUGUCCUUGUUCUGAUAACACUUGCAGUGAUCGUAACUGUGGGAGUAGAAGAUAUUUUCUAUAACCAAACCUUGGAACCUCGUAUUGGGUCUGGCUUUUAAAUUUAGUUGAUAUUGGUUGGCCCUGUGAGUACACGUGAUUUGCAACACUCAGAUCACUGAACAAGGGAAUAUGCGUUUCGCUUUGUGGACAGGCAGUCCGUUCACAUGGCUCAUUGUCAUCUUCACUCUGCGCCAAACAGAGCGGUUGUUUAUACCCAAUACUGUGCGUAAAGGUUAUUCCAGUCAUCCUUUCUACGUUGUGCCAAACGGGAGGAAAGGCGUAUGGUGCUGGUGGCGAGGAUAGCGGUUUUCCCCUUUUUAAAAACCAACAAAAAAAAAACACUAGCAGUUGCCACUUGCGGCUGGUAAAGAUUACACUUACGCAACUAUAGAAUUAGGGAGAAUAAACAAAUGUCAUUUGUAAAGCCUGUUUCUCACUUCUGGAAAAUCCUUUACUCUCAGCCCACAGCUGAUACUUUGGUCUCUAUUGUUGGAAGAUCCUCGCCCUGGGGAUGCUGAAAUCCCUCCCUUGGGUCUUGCCGGUACCUGUUCAGAGACACCAGGGCUUGCGUACAAGUUGAGAUUGCAUGUUCUAGAUGAAACCUUCUCCAUGUGGGGGGUUUCUCUUACUGAGGUGGUAGUUGUUGGAGGGUUGGAUCCUGCCCUUUGUGGGCAGAGAACAUCCCACUGGCAGCACCGGUCAGCGGGACAGACGUCAGCCUGUUCAGGAGCAGCUGCAGCCGCCUGUGCACAGCCUGGGGACAGGGAGGGUACAGCAAGUAGCCAGAACUUCACUGGCUCUAAAGCUGGUGAAGCAGGAGGUAUAAGGAACAGCUUUCUGCGCUCCGCUGUGUUUUCUCUGAGCAAAUGUUUGAAGCGCGAGACUGGAGAGGUUUCUCAGAAACGUUUGCACGUUAAAUUCAAUUGCCACUUCCUGAACGCCUCUUGCAAAUCUGGUACUUCUCUCGCAGUACAGUGCAGCAUUGCAAAGCUUGGCUGCUGGGUUAGAAACGCGUCUUUCCUGGCUGCUUGUAAAUACUCUGUUGUGUUGUAAAAUAGAAGAGCUAAUAACAUAAAUUCUGUGCCAGCACUGGGUUGGGAAGGGUGAUAAGAACUAGACCACGCUGCAACGAGGAUAUUUUCUGUUGAUCGUAAAGCAGCUGUGUUGGUAUGGAAGAGGCUGCUUUUAGGUUGCUAAAGGGUACUCUUAAUUUAUGGGUAGCAUAUCUCUUUCCUCCUAAAUUUGUAUUAUAGCGACGGGACACUUUGCUUAAUUUUAGUAUGUUGCAUUUAAUGUUGGUAUCUCUUUGGAAAAAAUCUUAAAGUCGCUUACUGUGUUAUUGACCUGACUGAUGAAGGCAAAUAGGAGAAGACAGGAGCAAGAAGGGUGCUGUGUCGGUUAUUCUUGAGCCUCCGUUUUAGGGGAGGGAGAGACGCAAUUGAGUUCCCUCUUAACGUCACUGUGAUACGAAGACGGACCCUGAGGUAUUCAGGGGCCCUUCACUGCGAGCAGUGAUUCCUGAUACCAAGACUGGAACCUUGUUUUACAAGUCAGAAGGUAAAAUAUCUUUGUGCCAUAAAAACCUUACUCUCAAGGCUGUGCUAGGUGCUCCCGUGAUCCAUGUGAAAUCGGUUCAGAGCCUGGAGUGAGCAAGAAGCUGCAGAAAUCCCUCUGAUCCUCUCGCUGCAUCCCAGCCUCCCUCGAAGCUGCCCGCCGCCCUGGGGACACUCGCAGGCACAGCCACGGCUGGAACCCGGUCCCCUCCGCAAAAGAGCCGAUGCCCCCCAAUAGUUUCCUGUGCGCGUGGUCCAGGGAAAGGAGCUGUUGAAUGGAUUGGAAUCAAGAAAUAGUUCAGAAAUACAUGAAAUUCAAAAUAAGAUUAGUUUGAGUAUUUGUAUGAACUUAAUUGAAUUUGGCCUUUUUAUUACCUUCUGCUUGGCUCUGUGUUAACUCUGCUUGGAUUCUACGUGAAUGUUGGUCUCAGAACAUUAACACGUUCGACCUGUUCUGUUCCGGCUUGCCUUGUUACGCGUAUCACAAGAGCGAAGCCAGUCGUACAAUUGACUUUUGGAAGAACCUGACUGUUCAAAAGCAAUUCUAAAGCUACCGUUUUUAGCAAAUCUGCUGUCGUUAAAUGUGUAUUUCUUUUUAAAAUGAAAUUGCUUGUCCUUAUCAAAGUAAGCACUUAUUCUUGCAGUUUCAGCAAAUUAACUGCAGCACAAUGCAAGCUAUAAGGGGACAGGUAGAAAAUGACUUUUUAAAUAUUGUAUAAUAAAGUUAGUAUUAACUCCUACAGAGUUGGGUUUUUUUGCCAACAGAUUUGCAAUCGGCAAGAAAUUAUGUUUCUGGUAGUCGUUUUUGUUCCGAGUCCAGUGUUCCCACUGAUGGUACGAAAUAAGUUUCUUUUUCUCAGUCCAGAAAGUCCCUGUGGGAGCUGGGUCCGGCCAGCUGGGAGGACCUGGGAUAGUUCUGGCAGCUAAAAGAAACCACCAGCGGAGCUGAAAUGUGGGCACAGAUGAGUCCCAGCUUGCUGAGUCCCAGCCCCUGUUAAGUCCUGGUGUCACCAGUAAAGCUUGAGCUCAGGACUGAUCACCUGAGAGGCCUGGGCUGGGCUCGAUACCAAAGCUUUUCAGGUAAUCCAGAUUUUCCCAGCAGCAUCCAUGGCACUUCCACCAUCUUAGGUGAUGAAUUCUUCUGCCAUAACCGAGUCCCGUGCAGCCUGGCUGACAGGGAAUUUUAGAAAGGCCACUUCUAAAUCUGAAAAGAGAGAAUGUUCUUUAAAAAGGAAAAGCGUUUCCUUUUGCUUUAGUUUGGGGAAUGAUUUUGUUCUUGGAGUAUCAAAACUGGUUUGUGUUUGAGGACGUGGAUGGAUGGGGGUACUGGACAUCGGCUUUAUCAAACACAGCCAAAAGCAAAUGCUUUCUGCUUGCACUUAAAGAAACUAAAGACAGUUUCAGUUACACGUGAAGUGAUGUUCUGUGAAGUCUUUUUUUUUUUCUUUUUCUGUUUAAUCUUGCUGCUCCCACCUUUCUCUUUGCAUAUCUAAGGUUCCAGAAUACAAAUAGUAUUGCAGAUACCUCUUGUUUGAAAUAAAGGAUCAAAUGUGCCAUGAUUUUUUUUUUUUUAAAAGGAAGGAAAAAAAAAAGAAAAACCUUCCCCCUUGGUUUUUUUUCAAUGUUUUCAUAUAUAAGAGCCAAGCAGUGACAUGUACAGAAAGUAUCUUUGAAUAUUAAGGAAAAAAUCUUGCUGUGUGUCAGAAUAUUGAACAAUUAACUGUUUAUAUUAAAAUUCUGAAUAAAUUAU